AUAUAUACACCGUGUUCUGGUUUAAUGUAUGUAAGGACAACUGAGGUGCAUGAGGUUCAUAUAAAAGACAAGGUCUAAAUCGAAGGCUUGAAAGACUGAGAUAACAGAUAGGGACGAGCGAAAAGUUUGAAACUGUGAGGCUUAGGUUUGGGAAUUUUUAUUUAAAAGUCGGCAUCAACCGUUAUGGACCGUAUUCAAAUUCUCAAAUCAGCUGGUGUGAGAAUGGAUGCUGACGACUGCAAUGGCCGUUCCUGUGUCUCUGGCAGUGGAGAGUCAUCGAUGGAGAGGGAGUUUUCUGGGGGGCUAGGGGCUCCAACUGUGAGCACUCCCAACAGCCAGCACACCUCUCCAAGCCGCUCCCUCAGCGCAAACUCCAUCAAGGUGGAGCAGUACAGCGAUGAUGAGUCUGGUCGCAUGGCACGGACAGACAGAGCAGGAGAGCGGGAAGAGGCCUGGAAGGAUGAGCGCGGGGAGCGGAUGGAAGAGGGCGUCCCGGAGCUGGGUGGUGGACCAGGUUGUGGCUACGGGGAGCUGGCCAGCCCUGAGCCUGUGUCUCCUGGAACGAUCCGCCUGCCCAAUGGCAAGCUGAAGUGUGACAUCUGCGGGAUGAUCUGCAUAGGUCCCAAUGUACUUAUGGUACACAAGCGUAGCCACACAGGGGAGCGGCCAUUCCAGUGUAACCAGUGUGGCGCCUCCUUCACCCAGAAGGGGAAUCUGCUGCGGCACAUCAAACUGCACUCUGGGGAGAAGCCUUUCAAGUGCCCCUACUGCAGCUAUGCCUGCCGCCGCCGGGACGCCCUGACGGGACACCUCCGCACCCAUUCUGUUUCCUCCCCUGUGGUGGGAAAGCCGUACAAAUGUAGCUACUGUGGCCGUAGCUACAAGCAGCAGAGCACUCUGGAGGAGCACCGGGAACGCUGCCACAGCUACCUGCAGAGCCUGGAAGCACAGCCAGCCCACAGCACUCAAAUGCAGGGUGAGGAAUUGCGAGACUUGGAGUUAAUGCCGGACUCACUGAUCCAGCCGUCUGUGGACAAGAUGACUUUCAUUGACAGACUGGCCAACAGUAUCACCAAACGGAAGAGGUCCACUCCCCAGAAAUUUGUUGGGGAAAAGCACAUGCGUCUCAGCCUGGCUGAUGGCCCCUAUGACCUCAACACUGGCUUCGACAAGGAGGGGGACGUGCUCGGUGCUCAGCAUGCAGGGACGGACCCUACCAACUUUGUGGGGGUCGGAGGAGGGUACCUGGGGGCACCUGCGGGAGGAGCCGGAGGCCCAGACUCCUUUCGCCCCCUUCGACUUCCUCCCCCUCACUCAACCUGCCUUUCUGAGCUCACCCCGGUCAUCAACUCUGUCUACCCCCAGUUGGCCCCCCUGAGCGCACGGCUUGACUGCGCAGUUAGCGGUGCGGGUGUAGCCAGCGGAGGCCGGGAUGCUGGCGAGGGCCAGGAGGAUCAGCUCCCUGGGCGCAGUCACGCCCCUUCGCCCAGCAACGGCUGCCAUGACUCCACAGACACGGAGAGCACGCCAGAGGAGCAGACUGCAAAUGCCGCUGCCAUUGCCAUGGCCCCCGCCCCUGUCCAUGCCCACAACUUCAACCACCAUUCCGCCCUCCCGCUGUCACGCGGCCAUGCCAAAGAGAGGGACGGGGAGCGCGAAAGGGAGGACGGAGGGCAGCCCCCGGCCCCGACGGCACCUGGCUCCCCUGCCCCCAAGGAGGCCCAGCGGGUGGUGGACGCAGACGGACGGCCCGUGCGCUCCUUCCGCUGUGAGCACUGCCGCAUCCUCUUCCUGGACCAUGUCAUGUUCACCAUCCACAUGGGCUGCCACGGCUUCCGCCAGCCAUUCGAGUGCAACAUCUGCGGUCACCGCAGCCAGGACCGCUACGAGUUUUCCUCCCAUAUCGCCCGCGGUGAGCACAAGGUGGGCUGAGGCAGCGGGUUGUGAGUUGGGUGGGAGCCCGGGGGGG